AUAGGACUGAAUGUGCUGGGCUGAUGCUUCUCCACUUCUCUCCAUUUUUCACUUGAUGUCAAGGAAGAAAGACUGAGACGGGACAGCAUGUUAUCAGAGGACAGCCUUGAAGUAACCUCACGGACUCAUGGGGCUUCUACUGCUGAGCCUGAUUCUCCGGUACUGGAUCAACGCCGUGGAGGCAGGUUUGUGUUCAGCCGGCAGUACUGUGACUUGUGACGACUGUCUGCAACUCAGCCCCCAGUGCGCCUGGUGCACACAGGAGAAUUUCACAGACUGGUUUUCAGUCACACAAAGAUGUGACACACUGGAUGUCUUACUGGAAAAGGGAUGUGCCAGGAACCAGCUGCAGUUCCCUGUUUCCAAACACCAGAUCCUUCAGGAUCAGCCACUUGGGAAGAAGAUGGGCAGCACUAAUAGCACACAGAUAUUCCCUCAAAAAAUGUCCCUCGAGCUCCGACCUGGCAGUGAGGUGACCUUCCAGGUGAAGGUUCAACACACAGAGGACUAUCCUGUGGACAUGUACUACCUGAUGGACCUGUCAGCAUCCAUGUUCGACGAUCUGAAGAUGAUCAAAGACUUGGGCUCUACUUUGUCAAAAGAAAUGGCGAAGCUCACGAGUAAAUUUCGAAUGGGCUUUGGCUCUUUUGUGGAGAAACCCUUGUUGCCCUUCAUCAAGAUCACAGAAGAAGAACUGGCCAACCCGUGCAGCCGUGUAGACGACACCUGCUUACCAACGUUUGGCUACAAGCACGUCUUGUCUCUGACGAGCAACACCAGCAAGUUCAAUGAGAUAAUCGCCGUGCAGCAUAUAUCUGCAAACAUUGACGACACGGAGUGUGGUUUCGACGCCAUCAUGCAAGCAGCCGUUUGUGGGGACAAGAUCGGCUGGAGGAACGACUCCAUGCGUUUGCUGGUGUUUGUCAGCGAUGGCAACUCACACUUCGGGAUGGACAGCAGGCUGGCCGGUAUUGUGAUUCCCAAUGACGGGCAGUGCCACCUGGAUGCCAACAAUGAAUACUCAAAGUCCACAGUGCAUGAAUAUCCAACUCUUGGUCAGCUGAUUGAUAAGCUGGUGGAAAACAACAUCUUGCUGAUAUUUGCAGUGACAGAAGACCAGAAAGACAACUACAUGAACUAUGCAGAUCUCAUACCUGGUGCCACCGUUGGAGUGGUGGCGAAAGACUCGCGGAACAUCCUGGAACUGAUUGUAACAGCAUACAAAGAACUUCGCUCAGAGAUUGAACUAGAGGUCCUUGGAGCCACGAAGGAGCUGCACAUGUCUUUCACAACCAUUUGCCCUAAUGGAACUAUCCUCCCUGAUCUAAAACGCUGCUCCAACAUCAAACCAGGAGAGACGGUAGUGUUCAAUGUGUCUGUGGAGCUUCUGGGAUGCCUGUCAGGAGUUCGGCACUUUUCCCUCAGACCUGUAGGCCUUCAGGACAGUUUGGAGAUAGAAGUGCAGUCCCUUUGUUCCUGUGACUGCCGGCAGCCUCCAAAGUCAGACAGCAGCCAGUGCACUGAGGGCCAAGGGGUUUUCCAGUGCGGCGUGUGCAUAUGUCAGCCGGGCUUCCUGGGAGCGCAGUGCGAAUGCAAUGAGGAGAGCACUUUGUUGAGCAACUGCCUCGCAAACAAUGAGUCUGAAAUAUGCAGUGGUCAGGGGCAGUGCUACUGUGGACAGUGUGUGUGUCAUGCAUCCAGUUUUGGGCGCAUCUACGGUCCCUACUGCGAGUGUGACAAUUACUCCUGUGUUCGCUUCCAUGGGGAGCUCUGCGGAGGCCAUGGAGUGUGUGACUGCGGAGAGUGUGUUUGUGAACACGGAUGGAAAGGGCAGUACUGUAACUGCAGCACCAGCAUGGAGGCGUGCACAUCUGAGGAUGGCUCACUUUGCAGCGGCAGGGGGAAAUGUGUGUGUGGCCACUGUGUCUGCACUGUACCCGGAGCAUCUGGGGACAAGUGUGAGAAGUGUCCAACCUGUGGAAGCUCCUGUACAUCUGCAAGGACCUGUGUAGAGUGCCAUCUUCAAGAUAAGGAUGAUGCUGAGUCAUGUGAUCAAAGGUGCAGCGCUACUACAAUUUCCAUCAAUACAACAGGAGAUUAUGACAGGAGUCCUUCUAUGUCAUGCACGUUUAUGAUGAAGAAUGAGUGCUGGGCGUCAUUUAAAGUGGUGGAAGGUGAGACGGACACCACUGCCUAUGAUCUGCAGAUGUACGGAUGUCCAGAGCCACCCAACAUCCCCAUGAUUCUUCUUGGGGUCUCCCUUUCUGUCGUCUGUAUCGGCCUGAUCCUGCUGGGUGUGUGGAAGGUGUUGGUGUCAGUCCAUGACCAAAAGGAGGUGGCCAAGUUUGAGGCUGAGAGGGCAAAGGCAAACUGGCAGUCGGGGACCAACCCUCUGUUCAGGAGCUCAACAUCUACAUACAGAAAUGUAACUUAUAAAAAUGCACAGAAAGAAAAGGCUAUCACAAUGAAUCACUACUGAUGACGAACUGGAUGCGUCUGAGUGCACUUAAGUGUGUGACUUUGUGUGUGUAUGAGACAGAGAAUAGUUUUUGUACGAAUCGUUGUGUUAAUUCAGAGAUGUCCUAGCACAGUAGACAACACUGUGAACAGACGAACACUGCGAGAUGAAUUUGCUGCUGUAGAAGUGCACUGUACUGUCAAACACUGGACAUUUCUAUUUCAUGGCCCUACAUGUACUGCAACUUGGAACUUGGAAAGGAGAAGUCUACACUACAAGUGAUCUACUACUGAAUGAAAAUGUAUAAAUAUACAGGUGUAAGAGAUGUUUUUUUGGGUAAUAAUGUGUCUAUUGUUUUACUGUAAAACAAGGCUGAGCCUUUAAUUUUAAUAACUGUUGUUCUGAGUUUU